CGGGAAGGGGCCGGGGCGGGGCCUGCCGAAGCCAACGGCUCCCUGGGAUUCAAAUCGCGGGCGGGUGGCGGCGGUCACGUGGCCGGAAGAGGCGACGCCGUACGGCAAGGUGGCGGCGCCCCGAGGCCCCGGCGAGGCCUCCCGGUCGGGGCGGGAAGGCCAGAGGCGGGGGGCCCCGCGGAGACGCGGGCGAAGCGCCCGACGCUCGGCCGCAGCCGGGCCGCCAAGCGCCGCCGAGGGAGCGCGGGAAAGCCGGCUCCGCGCCGUACGGCAAGAUGGCGGGAAAGGCGGGGACUUCCGGUCCUGCGCAGUGGGCCGGGAGGAAGGGAGGCAUUUCUUCUUGGCCGGCCGCGGAGGAGGCCCGGGAAACGAAAGCGAAGCCGGAGGGCGGCGAGAGCGAGGGGCCGGCGGGUCGGGGAGGCCUCGGGGCCUGGGGCCUUGGUUCUUGGGCCAGGUGAGGCCCGAGGCUGCUCUGCCUGGCCCUCCCCCCGGGAUGCUGGGCCUCCGCGCUGACCCCCCGCCUGCCGGCGCCGCCAUGGCCUCCCCCAGUGGCAGCAUCAUCAUCCUGGAUGAAGAGGAGGAGCCCCCCAGCAGGGAAGCCCCCCUUGCGCCUCAGGGCCCAGCGGGGCAGAAAGCCCCCGGGAAGGACCCCGCCAGCCUCAAGGCGGAGAACGAGCGGCUCUUUGCCGAGUUUGUGGCCUUCUGCUCCUUGCACACGGCCGACCAUCCGGAGGUGAUCCCCUACCUGACGGGGCGGCACCAGAAGGCAGCGCCCGCCUUCCUCUCCUCGGUGGAGUUCCGCAACGUCCUGGGCCGCUGCCUGGCGCGGGUGCAGGCGCGCAGCACCAAGGUCUACGUCUACAUCAACGAGCUCUGCACCGUCUUCCGGGCCCACAGCCAGAAGAGGAAGCCGCCCCUGCCGGCUCCAGAGCCAGAGGCCCCCGGGCCCAGCGCCGCCCCUGCCAGCCCCGCGAAUGCUCCGGGCCCCGCUGCCAAGGCUCCGGGCGAGGGCUCCAAGCGGCAGAUCCGCUACCUGGAGGACCUGCUGCGGCUCCACGAGGUGGAGAUCCGGAAGCUGCAGGAGCGGGAGCUGGACCUGGAGGAGCUGGACAGCGAGGACUCGACGUACCUGCAGGAGAGCCGACUGAAGCGGCGCAUGGUGCGCAUCUUCCAGCGCCUCUGCCAGCUGAAGGACUGCAGCAGCCUGACGGGGCGCGUCAUCGAGCAGCGCAUCCCCUACCGUGGCACCCGCUACCCGGAGGUCAACCGGCGCAUCGAGCGCCUCAUCAACCGCCCCGAGGCCUUUCCCGACUACGCCGACAUCCUCAAGGCCGUGCAGAAGGCCAGCACCCGCCACGGCCUGGGCCUGCCCAAGCGCCAAAUGGAGAGCAUGGCGGCCGAGGCCUUCCGCGAGGUGGGCAACCGCCUCCAGGAGCGCCGCCACCUCGACCUCGUCUACAACUUCGGCAGCCACCUCACCGACCAGUACCGGCCCAAUUCGGACCCGGCCUUGUCGGACCCUGAGCUGGCCCGGCGCCUGCGCCAGAACCGGGAGAAGGCCCUGCAGCGCCUGGAGGAGGUGACCUCCCAGUUUGCGCAGCUGCAGGACAGGAGCGAGGACGAGGGGCAGCGGCGCCGGAGGGAAUCGCGGGGCGGCAGCGCUGGCAGAGACGGGCCCAGCGAUGCCCCCGGGCGCCAGCAGGGGGAGCCAGUCUCUCCCCAGGAGGGCAGCCCCGGCUGGAGCGUGGCCAGUGCAGGGGCGGAGGAGGAAGAGGAGGAGGAGGAAGAAGAGGAGGAGGAGGAAGAGUCUUCGUCAGAGUCGGACAUAGAAGCCGAGCUGCAGAAGAGCCUGGAGGAGGAAGAGGAGGAGGAGGAAGGGGCUGCCCCAGAUGAUGACGCCCGCGUCCAGGAAGUGGAGGCCGACCAGCACAUGGACUUGGAGGCCCCUGAGCUGGUCCUGUCCUCCUCGGAGGAAGAGCCAGACGAAGAGGACGAGGAAGAGCACAACCCGGAGGGGCGCCAAGGAGAGGAACGUGGGCAGCGCCUGGGGCAGGCCCCUGCAGACCCCCCUCCUGCCGUGGGCACCUCCCCCUCCCAGCAGUUCCUCCUGGAGAUUGAGGAGGCCCUGACGCUGGAGGCGGGCGAGACGCCGCCCCCCACCCCCUCCCCCCCGCACCAGACCCAGGGGGGCAGGGGGCCCUCGCCCGUCUUCCGGUCGCACCAGAAGCCGCCCCAUCCCCAGAGACCCCCGGCCAAGCGCGGCCAAGCUCAGGACAACGGGGGGCCCCUGCGUGGGGUGAACGGGCAGCCCCCCAGCAAGCGGAGCAGGCGGGAGUCCAACAGCUGCAUUGAGGUGCCCAGCACUGGCUUGGAGGAGGAAGACGAGGACGGAGAGGGGCGCCUCAGCCCGGCCCCCUUGGCCGACUCCACCUGCGCCGACUCCCCAGGCCUGGGGCUGGUCAGCAGCUCCCAGGGCAGCCCCCAGCCGCAGAAUCGGGGCCGCCUCCUUGCAGCCAUCUGGAAGGCCAGCGUGGCGACCCAGUGCGACCCGGAGGAGAUCAUCGUCCUGUCAGACUCGGAUUAGCCCCCUCACCACAAUCUGGCACAGACUUUGGGGGGCAGGGAGCAGAAG